AUGAGCAGCGGUGAUGCAGAGAAAGCGAGAGAUAAAACGACGCAAACGACGACGGAUGUCGACCCGGCAAAUGCGUUGGAAUCGAGACCGUCGGUCUCGUCGUCUUCGUCGAAUUCGAAGCUGCAAAAAAGGAACAAAUCCUUGACGAAAUCACCUUCGGUUCUCGAACGAGCGACGUCGAUGUUUAAAAAAGAACAGGAAAAACCGAUAUCGCGGGUGUUUUCAAUCAGCUCUGACCGAGAGACGAACGCGCCGUUAAAGUUCAAGAGCAACUCGAUAUCGACGUCGAAGUAUAACGUGGUGACGUUUCUUCCCAAAGGUUUAUACGAACAGUUUCGGAGAGUCGCGAACUUGUACUUUUUAUCCGUGGCGACGAUUUCGUGUUUCGAGAGCAUUUCGCCGAUUAAGCCGUACACGAUGUGGGUGCCGCUGACGUUUAUCAUCACGUUGAGCAUGACGAAAGAAGCCGUGGAGGAUUAUAAGAGGCACAAGCAAGAUAACGAGCAAAAUCGAACGCCGAUUGAACGGUUUAACGGAGAGUGCAUGGAGAAUAAGGAGUGGCGAGAUUUGGUGUGUGGCGACGUCGUGAGGGUGGUACGAGAUGCGUUUUUUCCGUGCGAUUUGAUCAUGAUUGGAUCGAGCAACGAGGAGAGAACGUGUUACGUGGAAACGAAGAAUUUAGACGGCGAGACGAACUUGAAGUUGAAAAGGAGCGUAGAUAUGGGCGAUGGGGUCAAGGUGAUUUCAAACGCAAAGCUGGCGAAUUUGUGUCGCAACUCUCAACGAGACGACGUGAUGGCGAAUGCAGAGGAUCACUUGAGUGGCAAUCUAUGCACGGUCGAGUGCGAACACCCGAAUAACUCUUUAUACACGUUCAGCGGGAACUUGGAGUUGAAACCGCCUUUUGUGUCGGAAAAAAAGAAAAUAGCCGUGACGCCGACGAACGUUUUGUUGAGAGGGUCGCAGUUAAGAAACACGGAAUACGUUUACGGUAUUGUCAUUUACACCGGACACGAUUCAAAAGUUAUGAUGAACGCAUCGGAAACGCCAUCGAAACGGUCGCACGUGGAGAAACAGAUGGAUUAUGUCGUUUUAGGUAUGCUCAUUUUGUUGCUCUCCAUGUCCACGAUUUCCGCAAUUUAUUGUUCCUGGUGGGUGAAAAACGAAAGUCCAAAGCAUUGGUACUUGGAUACCGCGAAUUCGGACGAACCCUUCGACGUGAAUAAAACCGACAUUGUCGGUGUGUUUGCAUUCUUUACCUCCUACGUGUUGUACGGAUAUUUGAUUCCUAUUUCUUUAUACGUCUCGUUGGAAUUCGUGAAAGUUUUCCAAGCGAUGGUUUUGUUAAAUCGGGACCGAAAGAUGUAUCACGAAGAAACGGACACGCCGAUGAGCGCACGAACGAGUAACUUGAACGAGGAACUCGGGAUGGUACACACCGUUUUAUCCGAUAAAACCGGGACGUUAACCUGUAACGCGAUGGAGUUUUUCAAAUUGUCCGUCAACGGCGUCUCGUACGGCGAAGGUAUUACCGAAAUCGAACACGCUUUGAUCAAAAGGCAAGGUGGGAAUCCACCCGCGCGAUCGUCCAAAGCCAUCGAGCCGUCGUUUAACUUCAUCGAUAGCCGCUUAACGGACGGUCAAUGGCGAACGUCGCCCGAUCGCGAACAGUUGCGUUCGUUCUUUCGAAUUUUAGCCGUCUGUCAAACCGUCAUCCCGGAAGGCGAACGAACUCCCGAGCAAGUCGUUUACCAAGCGGAAUCGCCGGAUGAACUCGCGUUUGUCGUCGCCGCCAAAAGGUUUGGAUUUUUCUUCAACAACCGAACGAGCACGACGGUGGAAGUUCUCGAACAAUCCGUGAAUAAGAGCGAAAAAGACUCCGUGAGAACGUACGAGGUUUUGAACUUGUUGGAAUUCAAUUCGACGAGGAAACGCAUGUCCGUCGUCGUUCGCUCGAAAGACGAUAAUAAAAUCAUUUUGAUGACUAAAGGUGCGGAUUCAGUCAUUUACGAGCGGUUAGCGGUCGGUAACAAAGGUGGUAACGCAGCUAAAGAGUCCACGCAACAACACAUCGACGAUUACGCCGCCUGCGGUUUGAGAACCUUGUGUUUAGCGCAGAGAGAAAUUUCUUCCAGCGAGUACGAAGCGUGGAACAAGAAAUUCAUCAAAGCUUCCCAAGCGAUGAAGAAGCGCGACGAAGAGUUGGACGCCGUCGCGGAACUCAUAGAAAAAGACUUGGAAUUAGUUGGCGCGACGGCGAUUGAGGAUAAGCUCCAAAUGGGCGUGCCGCGCUGUAUUGAGCAAUUAAUGCGCGCCGGUAUCGCUGUUUGGGUACUCACCGGCGAUAAACAAGACACGGCUAUCAACAUCGGCUCCGCGUGUUCUUUAAUCACCCCACAAAUGAGUUUAAAAGUAAUCAACGUCGAAGAAUUGGUCAAGCUCGAAUCCGAAGGCGAAAUUUCCAAGGAAGAAAUGAAAACCCAAGGAUUAGAAGCUGUUUCGAAGCAAAUUGACGACGGUUUGGAAAUCGCGAAACAGUGCGCGGAAGUGGACGCGGAGAUGGGUUUAGUCAUCGACGGGCGAUCGUUAUCGUUCGCGUUAUCUGCAGAGUUGAAGGAUAACUUUUUGAAAUUGGGGACGUCUUGCGCGGCGGUGAUUUGCUGUCGCGUCUCGCCGUUACAAAAAGCGUUGGUGACAAAACUCGUGAAAGAUUCCGGUAAAAUCACGUUAGCCAUUGGCGACGGCGCCAACGACGUUGGGAUGAUUCAAGCCGCGCACAUCGGUGUCGGCAUUUCCGGACAGGAAGGCAUGCAAGCCGUCAUGGCGUCUGAUUUCGCCUUUGCUCAGUUUCGAUUUCUCGAACGUCUGUUGCUUUUGCACGGUCGGUACUCUUAUAAAAGAAUCGCCCGAAUGGUGUGCUACUUCUUCUAUAAGAACUUGGCGUUUGGUCUGACCAUAUUCAUUUACAACUUACACGCCGCCGCGAGUGGCCAAGUCAUCUACAACGAUUGGUUGAUGUCCUCGUUUAACAUCUUCUUCGUGUGUUAUCCGGUGAUCAUUCUCGGCCUCUUCGACCAAGACGUUCGACCGGAUUCGAGUUUGAAGCACCCAGAGUUGUACUCCGAAACGCAAUGGAACAAAAAUUUCAACAAGAAAUCUCAAGCCGUGUGGGCGUUGAACGCCAUCUGGGUCGCUAUCGUCACCUAUUGGUCCAUCAUGAAAGCCGUGCACUCGGGCGAAGCCGAUCACGAGGACGGCCACGUUUUUGGUUUGUGGGAAGUUGGCACGACCAUGUAUACCUCCUUAGUGUUCACGUUGAACUUACAAAUCGGUUUGUUCAUAAAUUACUGGACGUGGAUCCAUCAUUUAACCAUUUGGGGAUCCUUCGCGUUGUGGUGGAUCUUAAACGUCGUCUUGAGUCACACGGACGUGUAUUACUCCACGUACUCGUACAAAAUCUUCACCGAAUCGACCGUGUUGACCCCGAAAUAUUGGCUCGGCUUUUGGGCGGUGACGUUUUUAUGCUUGUUACCGUACAUCAUCGCGAGCUCGUUAAAACGCUUAUUCAAACCAAGCCUUUACGAACUCGUCCAAAACGAAGAGAGUUUAGAACGCGGUGCGUGCAAGCAGUGCUUAGGCGUGACCACCGAAGUCGACGGAGGCGCCGGAGGUCAAAAAUUCAAAAAACGAGCAACGUCUUCGAAAUCGCACGACGAUAGCAUGACAUCCAACGAUAGCUAUAGUGACGUCUCCGUGGUGGGCACGACCACGCCGAGACGCCAAGGUACUCUGAGAAAGAACAUUUCAAUCCCCGGGUCCGCCACCUCGCAGCGCACGACGCCGCUCGGAUCGAUGGAAAUCUUACCGGACGUGAGCGCGUUUCCGCAACCGGGGACGCCGACGAGAUUACCCCCGAGAACACCGCCUAAACAAUAA